UGCUGCGCCGAGGAAUGACCUCGAUAUGUAGAUGUUGGCGCCAAGAUUGCCCUGGGCACUCAUCCUCGGCUAUCUAAUCGCGUUUGUAGGUUGCCUACGGCCUUAGAGCGGAACAGUGUGUCCCACUGCGAUUCAGGAGGACGGAGAUUGUGGGGUGGCGAUAACAUGUACGCCGCCUGGUCGCAAUAUGCGAGAACGUAUGUGCGAAAGGUUGGAGCAUAUAAGGUAGUAUAGAGGCGACGAUGUCUGCUCUCCAGAGUCCUCUCUUGGAAUCCGGUAUUAAUCGGGAAAGGUAGCCUUACUAUUGCUCGAGCUCGUUUCGGCCAAUGCAUCUUUUCCUAAUUCGUCGAUGAAAGCCUUCAUUCGAAGGUUUAGCUCGAGAAAGCAAGACUGUGCCACUCCGUCAUCCCCACCGUCACAGGAGGUGCAAUCUUCGAGCGUUGCAGUAGGUGCGAACAACAACAUUCCUACCGCGGCAACAGCUCCAACUGCGCAGGAGACCACCCAGUCAGCACCUUCCAAGCCAACCACCCCCAGGACGACCAACAUGUCUGUGCCAAAGGAGCUGCCGAAAAGCUUCAAGGCUGCCAUCCUCACUGGCGUGAAGGAGAAGCUGGUUGUCAAGGAUAUCCCUAUGCUGGAUGUUGUUGAUGGUGAAAUCCUCAUAAAAGUACAUGCAUGUGGCGUCUGCCAUUCUGAUCAUCAUGUUGCGAAUGGUGAUAUGGGCCCUCCCCACAUUACUCGUCUCGGUCAUGAAAUGGUUGGUACCGUCGUUGCAGUCCCGGACAGCGAGCAGCGAUGGAGGGUUGGAGAUCGUGUCGGUGGACCCUGGCAUGGUGGCCACGAUGGCACUUGCAAGUCCUGCAACCGUGGUCUCUACCAGAUGUGCGAGAACGAGCUCGUCAACGGCGUCAGCCGCGAGGGCGGCUACGGCGAGUAUGCCACCCUACGCAGGGAAGCUGUUGUCCGCAUUCCCGAAGAUAUGGAUCCGGCUAAGGCAGCUCCGCUGCUCUGUGCUGGUGUCACCGUGUUUAACGGCAUGAGACGCAUGGGUGUCACCGCUGGCGACAUCGUCGCUAUUCAAGGUCUCGGCGGACUCGGUCAUCUUGCAAUUCAGUACGCGCGCAAGAUGGGCUUCCGAACGGUAGCCCUGUCGCGUGGCACGAGCAAGAAGGACUUUGCUAUGCAGCUGGGCGCAAACGACUACAUCGACACCGAAGCCCACGAUACCGCCGAAGAGCUGCAGAAGCUGGGCGGAGCCGCCAUGAUUGUCGUCACCGCACCGAACCCGCAGAUCAUCUCACCUUUGCUCGGCGGGCUGGCACCGCAGGGUAAGCUGCUCAUCCACACGGCCGUAGGCCCGGUGUCCGUGAAUACUGUGCCAAUGGUUAUCAAGGCCUUGAGCGUGCAUGGUUGGCCUAGCGGUCAUGCUCUGGAUAGCGAAGAGGCUAUCGCAUUCGCCCAAGCUCAAGGCGUGGAGUGCAUGAUUGAGAAAUUCCCGCUGGAGAUGGUGAACGAGGCGAUGGAGCACAUGCUGAGUGGGAAGGUGAGGUUCAGGGCCGUUUUGGUAAUGGAUUGAAGAAUGUGGACCAUCAAGGUGGCGUCGCGCAACUUAUUCCUGCUGCUUAAGUCCGCCGCAAGUUUCUGUCAGGCAUCAUCGUACACAGACGUUGUUAUAAUACAUAUGUACACCGCGCUAAUACCACGUGCCGUUUUCCGUAGAUCCAUAUGCAUCAUUACCAUGCGUCCCAUAUGCAUACACAACCCCAGAGCAGUUCCGCCAGCUACUACAGCUCAGAGCUGCCGUAACUGUACUCCUUCUUAUGCUGCAGCUGCAUCUGUAUGGCCUCAACGGUUGGGCCGACACCACUCAGAUUCCUGGCCCAGUUC